CAGAGGAAAUGAGUGCUCACGCCCAUAGAUCUAGUUGUUUCAUAGUACAGGUGCUGCACCAUGCGGCCGAGUGCCAAAGGGCAUGAACGUUAGCAUGUACAAGAACCUAUGUAUUUAAGCUUAAUGUUCGGGAUCUGCGCUGUUUGGCUGUACAUUAGAAUAGACAAGAACCUAUUGAGUUGUACGUUACAAGAACCUAUUUAACCGCGCGGUUCUACGGUAAAGUUCAUAUCUUCUUUUCCAUCCAAGAUAGAUAAGUAUGAGAAUGACAAAAUCGCGCAGUAAUGAAACUAAUUGUAGAUUGUCUAAGAAAGGGAAAUUGAUUGGUUGCUGUAUUUCUUUUAGAAAAGAAAAAAAAUAUUCGCUCCCAAACAAUAAUUAAUCAGUGGAAUGAUUUAAUAAUUAUAAUAUUUUUUCACACACGAUUUAACAUUAAUUCUUAGUACUUGAUAUGUCAAUUGUAGCGACAUAAUGAAACUUUUUUCACAGCCACGUAUUCUUUUUCCUCAGCACGUACGAUGGUGUUCGUUGAGACGAAUUCAACGAUCUUUCGUAUUUGAUAAAAAUAAGAAUUAUACCGGUAUCCAAAUAUUUUUAUAAUCAUGAAUAUAAUUAUAGGCUGAGAAUUUGCUAUUAUCACAGCGCAUGCUUGAACGUCUGACGAUCAUCGAUCGAUCGUUAUUGAGAAAAUCAGUGAUGUAAUAUAUCGUUCAUUUCUGUUGACUAAUUUCCUUCCCUUAUUAGGCCAUUGAGAUCUAUCUCCAGUCUACCUUCAUCCUUUUUGUAAUAGGAGGUGGAAGGGCGUUUUCCAUGCCCUGGGACGGAAUGCUUUCCUUGGAACUGUUGGAGAAAGGAGGAAUGGUCUUAGCUACUAUUCAACCUGGCUGACUAAUCGAACGAUUGAAUGCUGAAGAAAUUUAAAAUCGAGUCCAUAUCACGGAUCAGUAAUACAAUACGAUGUCAAUUCCAGUUUCUGAGUAUGUACGGUUGUAGAUCAAGGUGGCUUAUUGACAGUGGUGUUCUGUGAAGCAUACCGAUUGACCGUGGCGGUAGUUCGACCAUGACGAACCAUUCUACAGGAAUAUCAGGGAACUGCGAAUGUAUAACGCGAUCGUAAAUUAGGUUCAGUGCGAAACGCGCUCUCGAACUCGAAGGAUCCUUCGAGCUUCCUUUGAUCCCCCACCUCGGACGUCAACCGGACGAAAGACGGAAAGAGAGAGGCUUUCCUUGGUUACGAACAACGCAACACCUCGUAGACGCUGUUUUGUCGUCGCUGCUGCUGACUCUAACGCGAGAAACAUCUUCGUCGGCUCCUUCCCCGAAAGGUCCCCUCGAUGAGCGACGAUCUUGGGGCUCGAGAGUCGAUCGUUUGGAUGACAGUCGCGGACCGGAUCUAACGGAUCUCGGACGACACUGAACGCAACAGAGGACUGGAAAGUCAACGGGAUGAUCAACAGGACGUGCUUGGCGGUCCUCAUUGGGCUGCUGGGUCUUGCUUGUGGCUUGCAAUGCCCGAAACAAAAGCUAUCACCAGGCAGAGAAGUAGUAUGCUACACUUUCGUUUCCGACGUCGAUCAGCUAACAGAGGCUGUGUGCAAAUGCACUUCUUUGGUACAACAAGGCUACGACGUGCGAAAUCUCUCGGUUUCCGGAUUCGAAGACUUUCAGAAGUCGUUGAAGAAGAUUAUUCCAACACUUCAGUUCGUGGUUUCCGUAGACGAUCCUGGAAAAACACUAAGCACUUCCGGUACAGUUCGUCAAGAGAUCACCGCUCGUUUGAUCGGAAUUUUGAAAGAGGUUGAUGGAGUCGAGUUAAAUAUGACUGCAGGAUCAAAGGAACGUUUGGUUCACUUUGUAAAGGGUUUGAAAGACGAAUUGGUGAGAAAAUCAUACGAUAAGAGAAUAUUCCUGGUUCUACCCACAAAAUCAGAGGAACUGGCUAAACAAUUCGAUCUGAAAGAACUGACCAAAUACGUGGAUCUAUUUACGGUCCCGACGCACUACUUGGUCGAAGAUGACGAGGCCAAUCACACUUUUCAUCCGUCAAGGUUGAUGGGUCUCUUCGACAUGUUUAACGCCGACAGUUUGAUCGACUUAAUCAGCGGUUUGGGCGCGCCUAAGAGAAAAAUUCUGGUAUCAGUACCAGCCACUGCGUACAAGUUUACGCUAAAGAAUCAGGACGAUAAUGCCCCAAGGGCGUCAACUGAGGAGAUGCAACCGGUUACCAUUCAUCAGAAACAGUUAUGCGAUUUGAUGAACAACGGAGAAUGGACGGUGGAAAGGGACGAAGAUCUUACUGCUCCUUAUGCUUUCAAAGAUAAAAUGUGGAUUGCUUUCGAAGAUAGAAUAUCUCUGUCUAUAAAAGGAAAGUAUGUACUACUUCGAGAUCUUCCUGGAUUGGCUGUGCAUGACGUAGAGAAUGACUUUAAAACUAAUUGCGGGAUGCCUCUUACACACGAGGUUCAUCGAUCGUUCUCGAAUUUCAAGAGGAAGUCGAGAGCCGCUGUUCUGAACGCUUUGGAAGAUGAUCUACACCAAAAAGAGCUUGAGUACUCGACUAAAGUCAAGUCAUCCGAUUUUCGAGUUGUUCGCGUAGUAGACACUGAAGGACACAUCAGAGUUGUUCGAGAAAAUACGCAAACCGAAUUUACUUGCUCUAGACAAGGGUACUUUGUCCAUCCUAAAAGUUGUAACAGAUUCUAUCGAUGUGUUAAAUUCAACCAAGAAGUAGAAGAUUACUCCGUAUUCGAGUUCGACUGUCCAGCAGGUUUAUCAUUCGACGAGCGUACAGAAGUUUGUGUUUGGCCAGGCUCCAUGCCAGAGGGAUCGCCAUGUCCUGGAAGUAGUGAAAUUGCGCCAGUAACUCGAAUAAGGUUCGAAUGUCCUUCCAAAUCUGGCUACUAUGCGGAUCCCCAAAAUCCCCGUUGGUUCUUCGCCUGCAUCGACCUAGGAGGUCCUGAAAUAAUGGCUUACGAAUUUCGUUGCCCGUUCGGCCUGAUCUUCGACGAGCAAAAAUUAGUUUGCGAGUGGCCUUGGUUGGUAGCAGGCUACUCUGAUACUGGUUAUACAAAAUCAGAAUAUGAUGGAGGGUAUUAUGGCACUGGAACUACUGCAGGUACUGGUGGAUACUAUACAGGUGCAUUACCUCAUGGUUACACGGGAACAUCAGGAGGAGGAGGGUAUACUGUUGCUACUGGAUCAGGAUUUUCUGGAGCAGCUGGAGUUGGUCAUGGAUCAUCGUUUGGACAAGGAACAGAAUAUACUGGAAGUGGGAAAGGAAAGGGAUACAGUGGAAGUAGACAAGGAGCAGGAUACACUGGAUCAGGUGUAGCUGGUCAUGGAACUUCAUAUGAUUAUCAAGGAGCUGGUGGUUACUCUGGAACAACUGGAAGUGGAUAUUCCGGAGCAGCAGGAGCUGCUCAUGGAACCACAUAUAGUGGUCAAGGUUCUGGUGGUUACUCUGGAACAACUGGAAGUGGAUAUUCUGGUCAAGGAGCUGAUGGUUACUCCGGAGCGGGAGUAGCUGGUCAUGGAACCACAUAUACUGGUCAGGGUUCUGGUGAUUACUCCGGAACCACUGGAAGUGGAUAUUCUGGAACAGGAGGUGCUGGUUAUGGCACUAAAUAUACUGGCCAAGGAUUUGGUGGACAUUCUGGAACAACUGUAAGCGGAUAUUCUGGAACUGCAGGAGUUGGUCAUGGGUCCACUUAUAGCGGUCAAGGUUCUGGUCGUUACUCUGGAACCACUGGAAGUGGAUACUCUGGAAUAGGAGGUGAUGGAUAUGGCACUAAAUAUACUGGCCAAGGAUUUGGUGAACAUUCUGGAACAACUGUAAGCGGAUAUUCUGGAACUGCAGGAGUUGGUCAUGGGUCCACAUAUAGCGGUCAAGGUUCUGGUCGUUACUCUGGAACCACUGGAAGUGGAUAUUCUGGAACAGGAGGCGCUGGUUAUGGCACUAAAUAUACUGGCCAAGGAUUUGGUGGACAUUCUGGAACAACUGUAAGCGGAUAUUCUGGAACUGCAGGAGUUGGUCAUGGGUCCACAUAUAGCGGUCAAGGGUCUGGUGGACAUUCUGGAACAACUGGAGGUGAGAACGCUGGAACAGCAGGAGCUGACCAUGGAACUUCAUAUACUGGACAAGGAUUUACGGGAACAACUGGAAGUGGGUACUCCGGCACAGGAGCAACUCAAACAUCUGGUCAUGGAUAUUCAGGAGCUGGCUCGAGCUAUACUGGAUCGACUGGUAAAGCAGGUUAUGGAGGAUCAACUGGCACAGGAUAUUCAGGAGGAACUGGUACGGGUCAAGUAUUUACUGGCACUGGAUUUACUGGUACAGGAAUCAUUGAACAAGCAGAGAAAAGUGGAACAACUGGUACAGGCAAUACUGGAUCCACGUAUUCUACUGCUGGAGAAUAUUCAGGAACAAAGGGAGGAUCUAUUAGUGGAGGGUAUCCAGGAAUAAAGAGUGGGUCUAGUGGUGGAGGAUAUUCAGGCGCAACUGGAGGAACUACUGGAGGUUAUGCAGGGCCAGGUGGUAUUCGUGGUGGAUCUACUAGCGGAGGAUUCGCGGGAUCUACUGCUGGCGGAUAUACAGGAGCAGGAACAACUGGUGCUCAUGCGGGAUCUACUGGAGGCUAUGCAGGACCAGGUGGCAUUCAUGGCGGAUCUACUGCCGGAGAAUAUGGGGGUUCCACUGCUGGCGGAUAUACAGGAGCAGGGACAACUGGUGUUCAUGCGGGAUCUACUGGAGGAUAUGCAGGACCAGGUGGUAUUCAUGGCGGAUCUACUGGCAGAGGAUACGCGGGAUCUACUGGCGGAGAAUACGCGGGAUCUACUGUUGGAGGAUACGCGGGAUCCACUGCUGGCGGAUAUACAGGAACAGAAACAACUGGUGCCCAUGCGGGAUCUAUUGGAGGAUAUGCAGGACCAGGUGGUAUUCAUGGCGGAUCUACUGUCGGAGGAUACGCGGGAUCCACUGCUGGAGGAUAUACAGGAGCGGGAACAACUGGUGCUCAUGCGGGAUCUACUGGAGGAUAUGCAGGGUCAGGUGGUAUUCAUGGUGGAUCUGCUAGCGGAGGAUUCGCGGGAUCUACUGCUGGUGGAUAUACAGGAGCAGGAACAACUGGUGCUCAUGCGGGAUCUACUGGAGGAUAUGCAGGAUCAGGUGGUAUUCAUGGUGGAACUUCAAUACCUGGUCAAACCAUUACAUUUGGUACUGGACAGUCACAAACACCAAUUUAUAUUUCUUCUGGAACAACUGGAGCUGGAUUAGACCAUGGUGUAACCAGUAUACAUUCACAGACUCCUGGGCCUAUUAUCGUGGAGAAACCUGAGAAACCAACCUGUCUCACGAAUCUGUGUUAUGGGCCUUCUCAACUAUCAGGUGGUCAGACCCUCGUAACAGACGACUAUGUUUCAAGCCAUGGAGCUAUUUCUGGAACAAAUGUUUACCAAGGUACGACUGGAUUCCCUGGAAGCUUGAAUGUUACUUUUGGAAGCCACGUACCUUCCAUUGGAGGCGUUACGUAUCAUGGAGGCGUCACACCCGCUGGUGGCUAUACAGUGACAACAGGUACAGGUGCUAUCGUAACAGGACACGGUAUUCAAGGAUCGAUCAUCACUGGAGACUCCACUCCAGGGACGCUCAUUACCCAUGGAGCUACCCCUGGAGCAAUCUUCACAGGUUCUUCUGACCAAGGCACCAUAAUAAGUGGAGGAAGCCAUCCAGGAUACACGAAGACUGGUCUAAGUUCACCUGGCUAUGUAAUUAGUGGCGGAGUCAAGACCGUAUUCCCUGGUUCAGUCAGUUCUGGAACGACAGUUUACGGAACACCUUCACCUGGUGUCAUAGUAACUGGAACACCUUCACCUGGUGUCGUAGUAACUGGAACACCCUCACCUGGAACUAUUAUAAAGGGUCAAUCGAGUCCUGGUAUAAUUCUUACAGGACAAACAGCUCCUGGAGUGUCUGUUGGGGGAUCUAUCGUGUCAGGAACAGUCAUUGGUUCAGGUUUUCCAACGCAUCCAGGGGCUGUUACUCCAGGAUCUCUAUUUGGAACUAAGAUUGGAACCACACCAUCGACUUAUGCCACCGGUUACAAAACUAACGAAUACCAUGACAACGGAGGACGUGGUACCAUUAGAUUUAACAAUGGCGAUGUGACCACCAAAUACACAGAAAAUGAUAUUCCAGAUUAUAGACCAACUGGCGGCAAUAUUUUGCCAGAUACUCUCAUUCCAGGUAGCAAAGGUAUUCCCGGUGUAUCGAUAUCUAGUGGCUUCACUAAGACUGGACCUACCAAGACAGGCUUUACCACUGCUACUUUAGGUGCUGGUGGUAGUUACGUAAUUAGCACUGGAAAAACUAGCCCCGCACCUAAUCCUGACCAUAUUGGUGCCAAAGCUUUCGAAGGAAACGUGGCAGGAUACCCGAAAUCAUCUACCGAGAGCAGUGCCAAGACUUAUUCAGGAACAUUCCCAACUUAUGGCCCAGGCUUCAGUCAGGGACCUUCGAAGGGCACUGGAUAUUCCUAUCCCACACCUAGCAUUCCAUUUAAUACAGGAGUGACGAAGAAUUUGCCUAUUUCUUCGACAGAGAGUGGCAUCUUUAGUGGAACUACCCCAACGCCGUUCUUGAAGGUUGAAGUGCAUAAUACGCCAAAAUUCGGUGAGGCCGGAUUCACCAGUUCACCUGCAAUUGUGAAUACAUAUCAGAAACCAAGUGGCUUUACGCGUGCACCAUCUCCAACUGGAACACCUGUGCUUUAUACUACUGGUCCAUUGGAAAAUUACAAGACGACUGUUUUUGAAGCAGCUAGAGUCCCAGUUACCAUCUCUACUAUUCACCCAGUGAUCGAUACUGGAUACCAGACUGUCAUAUCUUCGACACCAUUGCCUGUAACUAUAAGUCAAGAUAAAUUUGGCAUUCAGACCAGACCUCAGUUUGGUUUUGGAACAAAGACUUCUCAACCUGGUAUAUUCGGAGAUCGUGGUUACGUUUCUAGCACGACACCAACGACUGUAUUUAAAAUAUCAUCGAAGUAUCCUUCUGGAGAACCACAGUAUGAUUAUGGACCUACCACUCCAUCAUCUGGUUCUGGAUACUUUACAACUUCGAAGAGCGUGUUUGAACAUGUGACACCGUCUGGAAUCUCAGAGUCACCGAAACCACAGACUCAGUAUAUACCUGGCAAAUCUAUUUCGCCAGCCAUUGGAGUAACUUACAGAAAACCAUUCCCAUUACCUGGCGUCACUUAUCAACAAGAAUUCACACCAGCAUCUGUCAAAUCGUACACCACUGCUCCAUCGGGCAUAGGAUCAGGUCCCGGCUACAAAGGAUCGCCUACGAACAUAGCAAUUCCCAGAGAUGAAGUCGGAAAGCUCGUUACCAAUUACAACAGAGGCACCACGAAAUAUGUUCCAAACCAAUACGACGUUUACACAACAGGAUCCGCAGCAGGAGUCGAUUACUACCAGUCCCAGUCGAAGUUCAAACAGGGUUACGAUUCAUCGACACCAUCCUCGGUUCCUAGAACACAGUCUCCUCUCACAGUAACGACUUACUCCGGAGGAUACUCGAAACCAUCUUCAGGCAUCACGUAUCAGACCACUGCCAAGUCUACAGCCGUAGGUAAACCCAAAGUGAUUGUGAAGUGGAGCGAUUUGCACCCUCUUCUCCUUGGAAAAUUAGGAGCAGAGUGUACCUGCAGAGGAGAUCCUUUCGCUAAUCUCAGAGGUCCUGGCUCCAAGUUAAUCAACUCAUCAAAGGGCAAAGUGGACUUGUCUAAUUAUGACGAGUCGGAGAUUUAUGUAGAUCUUGAGAAGGAAGGAUCCUACGAAGAUCAAGAUUACCAAGUGACCAACUACGAAUCUUCUUCGAAAAAACCAGUUAAGAUCUAUAAUGAACUUUCGAAAGCUCUAGGAGCUACGAGCAUUCAAGUUCAAGAAAAGCCAUCGUCCACGUACUUACCAAGCGUUACUCCUUCCGUAGGAGUAGGAGGUCGCACUUCGGGUCUUUCAGGUCAUGGAUUAACUGCCAAUUUCAGAUCUGGAAAGAGUCUGAGCAACGUUGGAUCACCUGUCAACUCUAUUGGAGGUGGUAAAGAUUUAGCUUCCACUGUGGAUCAUUCUGCCAUUGGUCCUAUCGAUGGUUCUGUCAAUAGUCCUACUGACGAUUCUGUCGAUGGUCCAAUCGAUCGUUCUGGAGAGUAUGAGGAUAGUGUAUCGGAAGAGAUCAUCGAUGGAGCUACCAAUUGCGCCAGACCAGGUCUGUUCAGACACCCUAACUUCUGCAACAAGUUCUAUGCCUGCCAUUGGGACGAGUGGAAGAAGAAGUUCACGCUUCACACGUUCAACUGCCCCGUGCAUUUAACCUUUGACAAUGGCGCGGGUGCUUGCAACUGGCCUAGCAUGGGCCCCGCUUGUCAAGACAAUAACUUGUUAGUUUAAAUGGUUCACUGUUGAUGGGGAGGUCUUAUGGAUCUCGCAUACCGCGGUCUUCUCGUGACACCUUCAUUUUUGAAAAACUGGAGAUGGAAAUUUGAACGCAGAGAGUUCUUAUUAUAAAAGUUUUGAAUGAAACUAUGAAUUUUCUAAAAUUUUUGCUAUAAUCUUAGAUUAAUUUGCUAUGUUUGAAUUUUAUACAAUCUUUAUAUAUUUAUUAGUCUUCUGAUGUAAUUGUAGAUUUCUAUUACGUUUUAUACAACAACAAUUAUUUUAUAGAGCAUCGUAGAUUGCAAUUAUCAGUGUACACACUUUCAGCAUUAUUUGUAGAAUAUUAGUCACACUAAGGUAAUAACACGAAGUUUAAAAAUAUUGUUUUAAUGAUUGAACGUUCAAGUUAUGUGGCAAAGCAUACAGAGCAUGUGAGGUAACAUUUAAUUAUAACGUAGUAACGGUAUACGCUCAGUUUCUUUUUAAACUGAAAGACGUGAAACGAGCAUGAGAGAAUGCUUUUCCCGAGGUAACGAGAAUAGAGACAAGGAGGAAGAAAGAUCCAAGGCGAUCGAGGUGCCGCGAUGCGAAAGCACACUGUCCAGAGUGAAAGUCAAGCUACACUCGCCGAUUCGAAUCGCCCGGAAGAAGUCGAUAGUGUGUGCGAUUCCAUGUCCAAGACGAAUUAUUGUAUAUAACGUGCCCUACUCUUCCAAAUUUGUAAAUAACGGCGAAUUACCUUUAAAAAGAAGAAGACAUGGAAAAAGUUUAAAAAGUUACAGAAAAGAAAUUUUGUUUAAAUAAGACGAAAGAAAAAAUGUGAAAAUUAAACUGACGAAGCAAGAAAUUGGUUCCAAAAAAAUGAUGAAGAGAUAUUUCCAAUCAAUUGAUAUUAUCGUUUCUGUUGAUCGUCGUUGACGUAUUGCUUUGAUCGAAUUUUUUUUUCUUUUUUUAUAAUUGUCUCAUUGGCGAUUUAUAUUUGUAUAUAUAUAUAUUUUAGAUAUCGAUAACGCGAUUUGCAUAAUUGACGUAUCCCUUGAAUUCGUUCACUUUCUUUUCCGGAUUUUUCGUGCUUCCUGUUUAAUACAGGGAAGUUAAUUUUGAAUAUUCUUUGCGCACUACUUAAGCUUGCCUUGAUUCUGUGUUCAUCUCGUUCCUAUCUCUAUUUACUAUUUUUCUUCUUCCCGAUGCAAUUAUUAUUUAUUUGCCGCUUGUUACUAUUGUACUAGAAGUUAAGGGUAUAUUACGACAAAAAUCCUUGAGGGAUCAACGAUCGUUUCUCUGCGUCGAUAAGAAUUUCUUUUUAUUAUCUGUCUUGCACACUUAGAUCGGAGCUUCGAUAAUCGUGCCAUUUUAUCGUGGUUGUCUAAUGUAAUAUUACGAACUUAGAAUAAAUAUGAUAAUUGUACAAAA